AUGCCUGCCUCACGCGGCUUCGCCCUCUACCUGCCCACGAAUACCAAAACCACGCAGAACGAGAAGACCAAGACAGAGAAGAAGAUGACGACGACGACGAAGACGACGAUGACGAUGCCAUUCAAACACUGGGAAUUUUGGGCCGACGGCAGCGUGCGGCCUUACAACCGCAAUGACCCCAGCGUUGCUGGAGGUUUUGCGGGCUGCGCGUGGGUGAUGCGUGAUCCAGAGCGCAGUCCCUCGCGCUUUGGAGAAUGCUGGGCCCUGCCGGUGACCCGCGAUGUCACCUCGACCGAGCUCACCGGCAUCAUGAAGGCUCUGGACUUUGCCGUUGACGUCGUCCAUCAACUGUCAGCUGCUGCCAUCGCUGAUCUCCACAUCACCGUGCGCUCCGAUUGCAAGGACGCUGUCGACGAGGUGAGAUACGCGUACGGGCCCCAACACGGGCUCAUCCCACUGAGCGGUGGGCGAGAUGGGUAUAUCCAAAUACACCAUCCAACGCUCACCCACCGAUGCGUGAACGCAAUCCGCUCGCUCGAAGCACGAGGCAUCGUCGCUCGCGUGGUGUGGGAGGAACGCAUGGCAACAGACGAGGCAAUAAGAGCUGAUGCCGGCGCGAGGAAGAGGGGCGAGAUGAGGCGCAUGUUCUCUGGAACGCAUGGUCCUCGGCGGUUUCCGCUUUGA